AUGGAUGAUCGGUAUGUUAAUGGCAUUUGGAAUCAAUCAUUGAAAACAGCUAUCCAAGAGAUACAAAAGAAAAACAACAGCGGUUUGAGCUUCGAAGAAUUAUAUCGUAAUGCUUACACGAUGGUAUUACAUAAACAUGGAGAAAAAUUAUAUACUGGAACAAGAGAAGUUGUCACCGAACAUCUUGUUCAAAAAGUAAGGCAAGAUGUUGUUGUUUCAUUACAUAACAAUUUUCUUACUACGUUAAAUUCAGCAUUUAACGAUCAUCGAAUAGCAAUGGUCAUGAUUCGCGACAUAUUAAUGUAUAUGGAUCGUGUCUAUGUUAGUGGACAAAAAUUAGAACCAGUAUAUAAUAUGGGUUUAAUUAUUUUUCGAGAUAAUGUAGUCAGAUAUCCACCAAUACGAGAUCAUUUAAAACAGACAUUAUUAGACAUGGUAGCUAAAGAACGUCGUGGAGAAGUGGUAGAAAAGUGA